GGAUCGGUCAUAGUGAAUUUUAGGAAUGAAGUGAUAGUGAAUUAGUGAUUCUUAGGCAGGUUGUUCUGAUAUUUUUGAUGAAAGAAGUGGGGUGGGGAAAAACUAUGUUUAUUCUGUGCAGUUACGUUGGUUAGAGCUUAGUCAUAAAUUUAUCGUCUUUAGUGUUUAGGUUUUGGUUAGAGCGUUUGAAUUAAGAAAUUGAUAUCUAGAGUUUUGCUCAAAGGAUUCUUUUGAGUAAAGAACAUAGUGCCGGCCCACUUUCUGGAGCAGAAUAAUAUUAAUGAUUCAACUCAAUUGAAUUGCUUUUCCUUGUUGUCAACCUUGGAAUAUAGUUUUAAAUUUUCAUUUGGUUCGCUGUUUCUUAUGGGUUUUAUUAGUUUUGAUCAUGGUUAGAUUCAAGCUCAAGGAUAGUAUGGUUUGCUCCCUCUUUAUCCGCUCCUUGUUUUGCUUUUGGAUGAUAUGUCUUUAGCUCGAGCAGGUGAAGAUCAGGAAAGUGACAAUGUCCCUAAGGUAAAUGAUAGCUUGCCUCUAAAUAAUUCUGGAUCUCCCCUGAUAAAUGAAGUGCAAAGUGUCAGAAUAGACAAUUGGACAUCUUUACCAGUCAUUGUGGAAGGAACUGAAGUUAGGGUAAUGCCCCCUCCUCCUCCUUCAUAUUUUCUGGGCUACACUCUUCCUCCAGGGCAUCCAUGCGCUACUUUCAGUUUACCCCCUCCACCAGCAGACAAAAAAAGAACAGGGCCACGUCCUUGUCCUGUAUGUUACCUUCCUGUGGAGGAUGCUAUUGCCUUGAUGCCAAAAGUCCCAUCAUUUUCUCCAGUCGUUAAGAAUUUAACAUAUAUUUAUGAGGAAAACUUAAAUAAAGAGACAGAAUUUGGAGGUUCAGACUUUGGUGGGUAUCCUACUUUAAAGCAGCGUGAUGAUUCAUAUGACAUAAGAGAGUCGAUGAAUGUGCACUGUGGAUUUGUCAAAGGAAGCAAACCUGGCCAUGGGACAGGAUUUGACAUUGAUGACAAUGAUCUUCUUGAGAUGGAGAAAUGUCAUGGAGUGGUUGUUGCAUCAGCAAUAUUUGGAGCUUUUGAUAUCAUACAACAGCCAAAGAAUAUUAGCGAAUAUUCCAAGCAAACUAUCUGCUUCUACAUGUUUGCCGAUGAAGAAACAGAAGCUGACUUGCAAGCUAAUCGUGGUCUGGGUGAGAGUAAGAAGAUUGGAGUAUGGAGAAUAGUUGUUGUGCGUAAUCUUCCUUACACCGAUGGAAGGCGCAAUGGAAAGAUCCCCAAGCUUCUACCACAUAGGCUAUUUCCCAAUGCACGUUUUUCUUUGUGGAUUGAUGGGAAACUUGAGCUUGUUGCUGAUCCAUAUCAAAUUCUUGAGAGGUUCUUGUGGAGAAAAAAUGCAACUUUUGCAAUUUCUAGGCAUUAUAAACGCUUUGAUGUGUUUGAUGAAGCUGAGGCAAAUAAAGCUGCUGGCAAAUAUGAUAAUGCCUCCAUUGACUUUCAGGUUGACUUUUACAAAAAGGAGGGUUUGACCCCAUAUUCUGAGGCUAAACUUCCUAUCACAAGUGAUGUUCCUGAAGGAUGUGUAAUAAUAAGGGAGCAUGUUCCUAUUAGCAACCUCUUUACUUGUCUUUGGUUCAAUGACGUUGACCGUUUUACUUCUAGAGAUCAAAUUAGUUUUUCAACAGUGAGGGAUAAGAUUGCGGCAAAGACAAAUUGGAGUGUGAAUAUGUUCUUGGACUGUGAAAGGCGUAACUUUGUUGUUCAGAAACACCAUAAGGAAGUUUUAGCACAUUUGGCUCAGAUGUCUCCUCCUACAAUUUACCCUCCACCGUCACCACUAUCUUUGGCCAAUGAUCCACCUAGACUAUUUUCCCUUGAAACUUCAGGUGAAAGUAUUGUCAGUACUCCACUCAGAAAGGUCUCACCAAGACGUGGGAGAGAUAAGAGGUCAGGUUCUAGACGUCACCGCAAAGUUGUCAGGGGAACCGAUUCAAGUUAAAAGUUUUGUUGAGGCAAAUUACCAUUUUUUUUCCUCCCCACUUCCAGAAACAUUCAUCGCGGGGCUGGAAGAUCAUGCAAGAGUGUUAUAGUUCUGUUCCACAAAAACUACAGUCUCUCCAUUUUUCCCCAUCUUUUUUAACUUUGGCAAUUGUCUAUUUUCAUUCAUUUUUUGUUGUAUAUAGAAUAUAGUCCCAAAUAAUUAUUAAAAUAUAUAUGGGGUACCACCAAAUUCCUCCCGUGGUAACCCAUUUUGUUGUUUCAAUAUGAUUAGCAGCAUUGUAUUGGGACUCAAAAUUAUUUAAUAGCCAUCUCUAUGUUCUCUCUUCAUUGAAAGUCAAUAAAAUACAAUGAAAUUCACCUUA